AUGGACAACGAAGGAUUAAUUUGUGAAAACUGCAACAGACGAGUUCCCUCAGAAAAUUACGAAAUGCACUUCGUACACUGCAAAAGAAACCUCAAAUUGUGUUCGCUGUGCGGAGAAGCGAUACAAAGAAGCAAAGAGAAAGAACACUUCGAGGAGAAUCAUGCGCAAAUAAACUGUGUUCAGUGCGGACAAAAAACAACAAGAAGUGAAGAAGGCAAUCAUUUGGCUUACGAGUGUGGUAAGCGACCAAUUACUUGCCAUUAUUGUGAACUGAGGCUACCCAGAGAAAGAAUGUCAGAGCACCAGGAAUUUUGCGGAUCCAGAACGGAAUUCUGCCACAAGUGUAGUCGAUAUGUUUUGGUUAAGGACUUUAUGGACCAUGAUAGCGCAUGCGACGGGGGAAUAAUCAAUCGGCAACACGAUUUGCCUGUGUCUUUGCCUUGUGAAUUCUGUGGAUCGCUGAUUCAGCAAGAUGAACUUGAUGCUCAUCAACGUGAAUGCCAGCGUCUAGAGGAAACAGAAGGUUCUCAAAUACCUCUCGUUGUAGAAGAUAGCGAUGGUGUGUUUCGUGAAAUGGUACGAACGCCUGACAAUUUCACAAGCUCGGACUCGUAUGACGAUAUCGAAACCGAAAGUGAAGACAACAGCAUUGUUGCUCUGCCUUGUGAAAUCUGUGGCGAACUGUGUCCGUCUGAUAAAUUGAUGGAACACCAGGAACAAUGUAUCCUAGAGGGAGAAGGCGUUCAGGGUUCUGGUUCACCCUCCGAGAACGAAGAACCUUUGCACAGAAGCGAUCGAUCUCACUUCCGGUUCUCGAAACUUCAUCAGAAUCCGAUGGACAACGAGAGAGAAGAUGACCCCUUCACUUUUGCGAAUUUUACAAUGGAAGGAGUCCCUUAUGAUCUCAUGGCAAACAUUUUCCGCGACCUGGAAGAUCGACGAUGGCCAUUUGAAAUGACGAGGAAUAUGUGGUCGUGA